GAGCCCGAGGCUGCCCACGGAGCAGUUGCGGUCCUGAGCCUUCUCCUGUCUGCCCCGGGCUGCCGCCUUCUCCACAACCAGUGUGCGGUCGGCAGUGCCCUCUGGAACUCGCCGUAAAAAUGAAUCCAGUUGUUUCGCAGCCCGGAUACGGCACGGGGGGUGUGAUGAACAGUGACUGGCAAACCGGCGUAUUUGACUGCUGUGACGACCUGGGGAUCUGCCUCUGCGGCACGUUCCUCCCCCUGUGCCUCUCGUGCCAAAUCGCCUCCGACAUGGACGAGUGCUGCCUGUGCGGGGCCAGCGUGGCUCUGAGGACCUUGUACAGGACGCGCUACGGCAUCCCGGGAUCUAUUUGUGGUGACUUCCUAUGGCUGGGAUGUUUUCCUCUGUGCACCCUUUGUCAACUCAAGCGAGAUAUUGAAAAAAGAAAAGCAAUGAACGCUUUCUAAAAGGUGCUCGGUCACAUUCACAAUGUGGUGAAAGAAAUGCUAGAAUCACAUACUGCAUCGGUUGAGUGCUAUCUCACCCCACAUCUUAGAAACUAAUUCAACCAAUCGUAUGGUUUCCAAUGGCUUCAAAACACUUUUGAUUUCUAGUUUAUUUCAAAAGAAAUACAUUUCCAGUGCUGUUCUCUAAAAUGACUGCUAAUAAAAAAUUAAUAUCCUCAA